CCGAUCGGUUGGUCAUACAGUACAUCCGGAGGUUUCAAGACUUGAUCUGUGCAUCGUGUGCAAGGAAAAGGUCGGACAUCCGCACAAGAUGGAGAAGCUUGGCUUUGACAUCGACGAUGGCUCCGCGCCGACGGACCACAAGCAGGCCGAUCCGGAGGAGGCCCGCAAACAGUCCAUCCAGCGCUGCAUCCAGUCGCUGGUGCACGCCUGCCAAUGUCGCGAUGCCAACUGCCGCCGGCCCUCGUGCCACAAGAUGAAGCGCGUCGUCCAGCACACGAAGAACUGCAGGCGCAAGACCGACGGAGGAUGCCCCAUCUGCAAGCAGUUGAUCGCGCUCUGUUGCUACCACGCCAAGCACUGUCAGGAGCUGAAGUGCCCCGUGCCCUUCUGUCCCAACAUCAAGCACAAGCUCAAGCAGCAGCAGCUCCAGCAAAAACUCGAACAGCAGCAGUUGCUGCGCCGCCGUGUGGCGCUCAUGUCCCGGACAGCAGCUCCGGCUGCUCUGCCAGGUCCGGCCGUGGUCGCUGGGGGACAGCACGGCGGCAUGGGAAUGGGCAUGGGAGCACCGUCAAUGGCAGGCACUGUUGGCGGAGUGCGCCCACCUCCCGAAACAGGAGGACAGGGUGGUGGUGCAACUGGUAGCGGAUUGAAUACCCAGCAACUCGCACAGAUCGUGCAGAAGAUCAAGAACAAUCCCACCAAUCCCAGUAACGAGCACAUACUCAACAUCCUGAAGCAGAAUCCCCAAAUACAGGCGGCGAUUAUCAGGCAGCGCCAGCUGAGUCAUCAAUCGCAGAUUAAUGCGGCGGAGGGUGGAGAAGAACCUGGUCCCAGCGGCGGCGCUUUGCAGCAGCAGCAGGCGGGCAACGGUCCGCAAAAUCCGCAGCAACAGCAGCAGCAACAACAACAACAACAGCAACAGCAGCAGCAGCAGCAGCAGAUGAAGGGACUUGGUGGACCCAAACAACUGGGCGGCGGCCAAAUGCCCGUCGGCGGACAGCACGGCGGCAUGGGAAUGGGCAUGGGAGCACCGCCAAUGGCCGGCACUGUUGGCGGAGUGCGCCCACCUCUCGAAACAGGAGGUCAAGGUGGUGAUGUCAACGAGUGCAGGGAAAAGGUCGGGCAUCCGCACAAGAUGGAGAAGCUUGGCUUUGAGAUCGACGACGGCUCCGCUCCGGCGGAACACAAGCAGGCCAAAACGCAGGAAAUCCGCAAAAAAUCCCUCAAACGCUGCAUCCAGUCGCUGGUGCACGCCUGCCAAUGUCGUUAUCCACGCUGCCACCGGCCCUCGUGCUACAAGAUGAAGCGCAUCGUCCGGCACACGAAGAACUGCAAGCGCACGACCAGCGGAGGAUGCUCCCUCUGGAAGCAGGUGAUCGCGCUCUGUUGCUACCACGCCAAGCACUGACAGGAGCUGAAGUGCCCCGUACCCUUCUGUCCAAAGAUCAAACGCAAGUUCAAGCGUAAGUUGAGUUCAUUAAAAAGUCGAUAAAAUGGUUAGAAUAUAUGUAUAUACCCUUUAUACCUGGGAUAUACCCUUAACGGUCACGUUAAAGUUCUUUAACUAGACCUUUUUAAUGGUUUCCCUUAAGAUAUGUUUAUAUCAUAAGCUCCAGUAAAUGAAAUAAACUAUUAUAAUGG